AUGACGGAGAGGUGCAGCCUAUGGAGUGCCCUGUCGGCUGCAGCAUGCUGCUUCUACCGGGGAUCCUUCAUGCAGGUGCAGUUCUCAAAGGAGAAGUACCUCUUGGAGUCCCCACCUGAAAAACUUCGUAAGGAGUUGGAAGAGGAGCUCAGACUGAGCCCUGCCGACAUCAGGAGCCACGGCUGGUACCAUGGACACAUACCCAGAGAGGUGUCAGAGACUCUGGUGUUGCGCAAUGGAGAUUUCCUAGUGCGUGAUUCUUUGACCAGUGUGGGCGAUUACGUCCUGACCUGCCGAUGGGAUCAUGAGGUGCUGCAUUUCAAGAUCAGCAAGGUCCUGGUCAAAUCUAAUGACACCAAGGUGCAGUAUGUUUUGGAGACUGACAGUUUUGACUCAGUGCAAGAACUUGUGCGGUUCUAUGUGGGCCAGCGCCGACAUGUCUCCCAGCCCAGCGGGGCCCAUAUUUACUGUCCAAUCAGCAGGACUCUCCCCCUGCGCUACCUGGAAGCGACCUUCUCCCUGUCCAGUAACAAGCAAGGUUCAGCUUACUCACCAUCCAGUCAGAGAGGAGCUUACAUCAAGAGGAGGAGCGUUACCAUGACCGAUGGGCUGACCACGGAGAAGAUGACUAAAACAGACACAUGUGACACCCCAUCCACCAUCCACCACCACAAAGAUGCCAUGAGGAACUGUGCUAUGAGCAUGGACCAGAUUCAAGAGUACCGCUGCCCCUUAUCGCCUGUAGGGGAAACCCCACUGUCUCCUGCGUAUAGUGUUAUCACCAGACACAGAACUCAUUCAGGUGGGCGAGUCCUCGCCGUCAUCCCACCGUCUCCUGUGAUGCGGCGUUCGAGCGACCCGCAGCUCAGUCCCUCGGCUUGCAACAACCCUCCAGAGCAUCCUGCCCACACUUCUCACUCGGCACACUCCUCACCCACCCAUCAGCCCACCCAGCAACAGCACCCCUCAGAAACAGCAGGAAGCUACUGUGACCUGAGACCUUGCCCCCCUGGGGUUCCUCCUAAGCCCCCGACCAAAAGCUACGUGGAGCGAUUGCGGGUAGAAGAAGGAAGGGCAGAUGGACCAAGGGAGGAAGAAGGAGAGGCUGUGUUCAGCGCCCCGCAAAUGGAGACAAACUCCUCGUUUAGACCAUCUAGGUACAAGUCUAGCCUGAUGCCAGCAGAGAAUAAGCCCCUGGAGAUGUCUGUGUUGAAGAGAGUGAAGGAACUGCUGGCUGAGGUGGACGCAAGAACAGCAGCGAAACACAUCACCAUGGUGGACUGCACGGUUGCAAGGAUACUGGGUGUAACUUCUGAAGUGCAAAGGAUGAUGGGAGUGUCCUCAGGUUUGGAGUUACUAACACUUCCACAUGGGCACCAACUGAGACUAGACCUGCUGGAGAGGUUCUACACCAUGUCUAUCAUGAUGGCCGUGGACCUGCUUGGCUGCACGGGGAGCACGGAGGAGCGGGCGGCCCUGCUCCAUAAAACCAUCCAGUUAGCUGCAGAGCUCAAGAGUAACCUGGGCAACAUGUUUGGCUUCGCUGCCGUGAUGAGAGCUCUGGAGCUACCGCAGAUCUCUCGUUUGGAGCAGACUUGGGUGACGUUACGCCAGAGACACACCGAGGGUGCCAUCCUUUACGAGAAGAAACUCAAACCUUUUAUGAAGAACUUAAAUGAUGGCAAAGAGAGCAGUGUCUUGUCCAGCACGUCUUUCCCCCAUGUCGUUCCUGUCCUCUCGUUAUUGGAGCGUGGCGUUGCACUUGGGGAGGGGCUUGAGCCUUGGGAGAGCGUGGAGGCAGGAGUGGACGUAGUCAUGUGCCACCUAGAGGCCGCUCGGACCAUUGCACAUCACGGGGGGAUCUACAGAGCCAACGUUGAGACCAAACUACAAGGAUUCCAGGAGCGAGCCGAGGUGCUGGAGGUCUUUCACACCGAGUUCCAGAUGCGUCUUCUGUGGGGCAGCCGUGGCUCCGAGGGGAGUCAGUCGGAGCGUUACGAGAAGUUCGACAAAGUCCUCACCGCUCUAUCACACAAGCUUGAGCCCCCCGUCCGCCACAGCGAGCUAUAGCCCUCGCCCGUCACCCGCCAUGACUGAAACGCCACAUCUGCGCUCACCAUCCAUCGUGGCAUGGUCUUGAUUGCGUCGUAGCGGAUGAU